ACCGAGCAGCUCGGUCAGGUAAAUAAGCUCCUCCAGCUGACUGUACUCUUACUGUGCGAGCUGGACGAGCAGCAGCGACACACACUCACACGGCAGAGCAAGAGAAGUAGGUUGGAUUCAAACUCAGACAGUAAAACCUGAAUGCAUUUAUUUUGUGUUUCUGUCGCUUCAUGUGGUUAGUAAAGUAAAGGCGCGCGGUGCUCUCUGCGAUGUCAGCCUCUGGUCGUAGGCGGGAUGGGAAGAGGAGAAGGGGCUCUGUGCACAGACGUUUCCCCGCUCGUGUCUGUUAAUUGCUACCUGAAGAGUCUUAAGAAGCAGUCGAGGAGCGAAGAAGAAGGUGUUUGUUGUCAACUUUAGAGACGCACCUGUCUGCCGGUGGAUGUUGCGCAAUGGAGAUAAGGACAAGACUUCGAGCCGUGCUGAUGUUAAUGUGGAUCUCUCAAGGUGACACCAACAAGGUGGAGAUCCCCCGGGGAGAGAUGGAGGUGGUGAAGGGCCAGAUGGUGGUGUUGCACGCUUGGUACAGCCCCAACUCAGACAUUUCCAAAAACACUGUGGUGUGGCACUUCACUGGGAAUGAGUCCAAACAGGUGAUAAACUUCAGCUCAGGUGAGGUCGGUUACAGCCAAAAUGAGUUCUCCAAGAGAGUGGGCUUCAGCGUGGCCAUGCCCUCAGCCAACAUCUCCAUCUACAUCAACAACACUGAGGAGUCGGACACUGGACGCUACUUCUGCAGUGUCAUCGUCCCUAAAGGUCUUAGCAUUUCAGGAGAGAUGAGCCUUAAUGUCAAAGUCCCUCCGUCUCCACCAGUAUGCACCAUGACAGGGAAUCCGGUGGUGGAGGGCAAUGUGACCCUAAGCUGUCAGUCCACUUAUGGAAAACCAGUUCCCCAGUACAAAUGGACCAAGGCUGCACCCGUGUCUGAGGUCUUCUUCUCCCCAAUGCAGAACGAGAGACACGGCACCCUGAGGCUCAGCAACCUCACUAAAAGCAUGUCAGGGAAGUACAUCUGCAGAGCCAGCAACACGGCCGGCUCAGACAGCUGCUCCAUUAACCUGGAGGUCAUCACCUCCUCCAAUGCAGGUGUGGUCGCAGCAGCCACACUGGGGUCUAUAGUGGGACUGGUGGCCAUGGUGCUUUUCCUCAUCUUCAUACUGAGGAGGAGGCGGGACACUGAAGAGGAGAUAGCCAAUGAGAUCAAGGAGGAUGCUCAGGCACCAAAGCGAGUUUCAUGGGCCAAAAGCAACACUGGCUCUGACAUUGUAUCCAAAAACGGCACGCUAUCCUCUAUAGCAACCAGUCCUCGACCACGAGACCCCCAUGCACCAAACUUUCACUACCCAUACUCUCCCAUGUCUGCUUCGGACGCAAGCUCAGUUAUAAACGCCUACCAGCUGCGGCCCGGAGAAGGAAACAUGUUGCAGGGACUUCCUGGUUACAACCUCGGGGGAACCCCGAUGCAGAAACAAAAGCGACCGCCCACCACAAACGGGGCACCUCCACAGCUUCUGAGGACGCCUACUGUCGCUGUCCCCAACAGGACUGAAGGGGCUCAGCCUCAGGUGCCACCUGCACUCACUGUGACCCCACAGGUCCGCUCCUCCACCCUGACACGUAUGGGAGCUGUGGCUGUCAUGGUGCCUGCUCAGAGUCAAGCCGGCUCGCUGGUGUAGCCAGCAGGAGAAAGGACAGUGUGUGUGUGUGUAUGUGUGUGUGUGCGUGUGUAUGUGUGUGGCACGCCUUGAAAUGGAAAAAGCACUUUUCUCCAUGAAGACCUGAGAGGCUGUGAGAGAUGGAAAUGUCUCUCAGGUGGUUUGUGCGUCAUUUGCACAAACUCUCCUGUCUUUACUUUAAUUUCUUUUUUAUGCUGGCUCAUUAAAGAGAAAUAUAUUUUUAUUUACAUGCCUGUACAGAGGUCUUUAAAAGUCAAUCCAAAUGUGUUUUAGAGAAUAUUCAUAAAAAUGCCGAUUAUUUUUCAGAGUUGUGAUAAUUGAAUGCAGUGUGUCUGCAUUAACCACAUAUAACAAACAGUUCUGUUCCAGUUCAUGUAAAAAUAACAUUUUGGCUACAUUUGUACAAUAUAUAUACAAACAUGCUACAGUCAAACUCAAAUUUUAUACUUUCUUUAUAUUCUGCUGUUCCCGGCUGUGUUACAGGAUCACUUUUCAGUCACUUCUCUCAGGCUAACUGCACUAGUUCAAACAGACCCAGCAAAGUAACUAUUCAGGUAUUUAUCUUUGAAACGUCUCACUUUUCUUUCACCAACUUUUACUUCUGUUUAACGUGUUUUUUAUUAUUUAACCUGCUGUGUUGCUGUCAGUAUGGUUUCAGGAGAUAGAUGUCUACAGAGAGAACAUACUUUAGGAGUGUUUUGCCUGUUGCGGUAGAUGGCAUGUAACAAAAAUAGUGAGUAAAACAAUGUUAAGGUUGAAGGUUUCUGACUGUUUUGUUCGAAAGUGCUUGACUUGAUAUAGUUACAUUAAACAAACAACACCAGCAGUUUGUGAAGGAGGUCACUAAUGGUGCUGCUUGUUUGUAUGUUUUGCAGAUUGAUUCGAAAGAGGUAGAGUUGAUGAUAUAAUGCUAAAUGUAGCACUUUUAUGCCGUUUUGAUUGUUGACAACUUUUUCAAUAAAGUGUUCUGGAGUGUUUGGUUUUA